AUGGCGGUUGUGCCUGAAGUGAGGAAUGUCCCGGCAAGUGUGUCGGUCUUGGUGAACAAUGCCAGGAUUAGCGGAAUUAUUAUAGAUUUUAAUGCCCUUACAGCUGCCGUUGAGCGUGUUGGUGGUUGGCCAAAUAACCAGGAGUGGAAAAAGAUGGAAACCCAGAAUUACAAAUUGGCCGUAGAAUGCCUCGAAACAAACUACUAUGGUGCAAAAAGGGUGACAGAAGCUCUCCUUCCCCAACUUCAACAGUCACGUUGUGCAAGGAUAAUGUCCUUGCACAACAGUCACAUUGUGCAACAGUCACUACUCUUGCAGAAUAUUCCUGGAAAAUCAAUCAAGGAUUCCCUGGGGGACAUCGAGAACCUCACAAGAGAUCGAAUAGACGAGAUCCUCAAGGAUUUCCUGGAAGAUUUCCAGAAGGGUCAAUUAGAAGCCAAAGGCUGGCCGGAGAACAUCUCCGCAUACAAGCUGUCGAAAGCAGCCUUGAAUGCUUACACGAGGCUCCUAGCAAAAGAGUUCCCAUCCUUCCCGGUGAACAGCGUUUGCCCGGGCUUUGUCAAGACGGACAUAACUGGCAAAAAUGGAUUUCUAACCGCUGCUGAAGGAGCAGAGAGCCCUGUACACCUGGCUCUUCUCCCGGAAACCGGGCCUACUGGCCUCUUCUUCCACAGUAAAGAAGUUUCUACUUUCUGAGAAACAAAGCUCGUUAUAUAUUAUA